GCCACGCAGCCUUUCCCUGUCGAUCGCCGAGCUCUUCGGUUCAGCCGCGCUCUUCCAUUCGCAGCUUUGCUAGAGGCUCUCGCAUCCAGGUCGGCGCCGGAGCUAUGUUUCGCAACCAGUAUGAUAAUGAUGUCACUGUUUGGAGCCCUCAGGGAAGGAUUCAUCAAAUUGAAUAUGCAAUGGAAGCUGUUAAACAAGGUUCAGCCACAGUUGGUCUGAAAUCAAAAACUCAUGCAGUAUUGGUUGCAUUAAAAAGGGCACAAUCAGAACUUGCAGCUCACCAGAAAAAAAUUCUCCAUGUUGACAACCAUAUUGGUAUUUCAAUUGCGGGACUUACUGCAGAUGCUAGACUGUUGUGUAAUUUUAUGCGCCAGGAAUGUUUGGAUUCCAGAUUUGUAUUUGACAGACCCCUUCCUGUGUCUCGUCUUGUUUCUCUAAUUGGAAGCAAGACCCAGAUACCAACUCAGCGGUAUGGCAGAAGACCAUAUGGUGUUGGGCUGCUCAUUGCUGGCUAUGAUGAUAUGGGCCCUCACAUUUUCCAAACCUGUCCAUCUGCUAACUAUUUUGACUGCAGAGCUAUGUCCAUUGGAGCUCGUUCUCAAUCAGCUCGUACUUACUUGGAGAGACAUAUGUCUGAGUUUAUAGAGUGUAAUUUAAAUGAAUUGGUUAAACAUGGUCUACGUGCAUUAAGGGAGACACUUCCUGCAGAGCAGGACCUAACUACAAAGAAUGUUUCCAUUGGAAUUGUUGGUAAAGACUUGGAGUUUACAAUCUAUGAUGACGAUGAUGUGUCCCCAUUCCUGGAAGGUCUUGAAGAAAGACCUCAAAGAAAGGCACAGCCUACACAACCUGCUGAUGAACCUGCAGAAAAGGCUGAUGAACCAAUGGAACAUUAAGUGAUAAAAGUGUGUUAUCAGAUGUAUGAAAGUGCAGAAGUGCAUACUAAUGACAAUAAUCUGUACUUUGAACCAACAAAUGCAUAGUGGUGGAAUGGCAUGUUUUAGGAAUCAGUCCAGAGGGAGUUUUUUCCCAAGCAACUUCCCUGAAACCAUAUAAUUGGGUGCAUUUUUUUUCCUGAGGGACUAUGUUAUCAUUUUCUAGAAAAUAUGGAUAUCUAUACCAAUGUUUUUAUAUGAAGAAAAUAGUGUCUUUGGGAUUUUAAAGACAACUGUGAAAUAAAAUUAUUUCACCUCC